AUGCGGUCUCAACCAGCCACAGCGAAGGAGGGCGCCGGCAGCCAGGGCAGAGAAGGGAGGCGGAACCUUCCGAUGCUUCCCACCGAGGAUUCGGCGUUUGCCGAGAAGUCUGUGAAGCUGCGCAGAGGCGGGACAAGUUGGCGGGUGCAGAAGCCUGGCUUUUCCGCUGCGCGUUCAGUGACUUGGCCUUCUGUUCCCUCGCCUGUUUUUCAAGGCGGCUUCUCUCGCGACAACCCUCAACUCAGAGAGGAGACGUCUGCAGAGGAAGGAAGCCGGUGGGUAGCUUUCGCGUCCUUGCAGAAGAGAAGUGGGGCUGAAUCAAAUCCCGAUCGGGAAGAACUGGCUCCAGGAAACUUCGUAGGAGGCAGCUCUGUGGGCGACUUCGUAAGCAGGGAUGAACUGUGGCGGGGUGGAGCAGUAGGGGGGGCGGGAGAGGAGAGGAUGCGGCCCGAAAAAGUGGAGAGAGGUCACUUGAGAAGGAGAGAUAUGUGGAGGCAAGUAUCGAAAGGGAAGCGUCUGGCGAGGGCGAAAGGGGAAGGCAUCGAUGGAGGAGAGCGAGACCCGCGGGUUGGCGCUUUACCGGGGUCGUUUUUGGGUAUUAGAAGCUCAGACGACGAUGACGAUGACGACGACGAAGAAGAAGAGCCGAGGCACCAGCGGCAUCACCACAAGCACCGCCACGCAAGCGAGGAGGAAGAUGAGGACCAAACAGAGAAGGGCGGAGAGGAAAAGAGACAUGCGGCGUCAGAGAGCAGUGACGCUCACCACGGGGAGAAAAGGUAUGCCCACAUGGAAGCGGGGGUUGAACACAUUUUAAAGAGAAGUGAGGAUGGAGUAGAGAGGAGGCAAGACGCAAUGGACGAGAGACAGGAAGAGGCUGCGGAAAGACGAGAGGAAAGACGGGAGAGAGAUGAGGAGAGAAGAGAAGCGAGAGAGGAAAGGAAUGAGGAGAGAAGAGAAGAGAGAGAUGAGAGAGACGAGGAUAGAAGAGAAGAAAGAGAGGAACGAGAGGAGGACAGAACAGAAGAAAGAGAGGAACGAGCAGAGAGAGGAGGAAGAGCAGACAGAGAAGCGGACAAGCUUGCACUGCAUUCAGCUGCACCGGGUUCCAGCUCAUCUGAUGAUCUUUCAACACUCAUGGCCGUGAUACCCCCAGCCUUCGUCACGAGGCCGGGUUCACAAGCUAGCACUGGCCACCACGAGGAUACCGCUGCGGAGAAGAAACACAAACACGGAAAGAAAAAACCAGCCGAGGCUGCAGUUCAUAACCCCACACAGGCGCCGCCAGCCGCACAAACGGCAGGCGCCUCUGCUGUUGCCACACCCGCUGGCAAUCAAGUGCUGCUUCAACAGGCCCCUCCCGCGGGUCUUGUCGCAGGGGGCCUUGCCGUGGGGACUCCCGCGGUAGCUGCAGGAGGCGCUAUCCUUCCACAAGCAGCUGUGGCGACUGGGGCAGGCGCUACCCCUUCAGCUACCCCAGCAGCGACUCCAGGGGCCACCCCGCCAGCUAGUCCAGCGGCUGCGGGCGUCGUUACCCCCCCCGCUACCCCAGCACCGGCUCCAGGGGCCAGCCCCACAGCUGCCCCAGCAGCGGCUUCAGGGACCACCCCGCCAGCUACCCCAGCAGCGGCUCCAGGGGCCACCCCGCCAGCUAGUCCAGCGGCUGCGGGCGUCGUUACCCCCCCCGCUACCCCAGCACCGGCUCCAGGGGCCAGCCCCACAGCUGCCCCAGCAGCGGCUCCAGGGACCAACCCGCCAGCUAGUCCAGCAGCGGCUCCAGGGGCCAGCCCCACAGCUACCCCAACAGCGGCUCCAGGGGCCAGCCCCACAGCUGCCCCAGCAGCGGCUCCAGGGGCCACCCCGCCAGCUAGUCCAGCAGCGGCUCCAGGGGCCAGCCCCACAGCUACCCCAGCAGCGGCUCCAGGGGCCAGCCCCACAGCUACCCCAGCAGCGGCUCCAGGGGCCACCCCGCCAGCUAGUCCAGCAGUUGCGGGCGUCGUUCCCCCCCCCGCUACCCCAGCAGCGGCGCCAGCAGUUGCUCCUUUAGUUGCCCCAGCGGCGGCUCCAGGGGCCAGCGCCUCAGGUACCCCAGCAGGGCUGAUAGUCCCCCAGGGCGUGGCAGGAGGGCCUAUCGUCCCAACAGUGGCUGGGACGCCUGUGGCGGAAGCUGUCGCCACGCCUCUGGUUGCUGCUCCAGUUGUUGCAGGCGCCGCGCCCGCAGUGGUGGUGCCGGCGACCCCUGAGCAGGCAGCUCUUGCGGCUGAGAGCGCGAGAGAGCAGCUGGUCGCAGCCACUUUGGCGGCAGAAGGUCUUGCGGCGGGUGGGGAGCUUCCGCAUCGUGGGGGAGCGUGGAAGGGCUGGAGUCUUGGCUUGCUGGUGUUCAUCGUCAUCGUUGCCUUUUCCUGUUGCGGUGGGUGUGGGUACAUCUUCAACAACAAGCUGGGCCGCAGUUUGCACAGAAUGAAGCGAAAGUACAAAGACGCGCUGGCGAGGCGACGGCUGUCCGAGAUGGAGAAGGAGAGAGCGAAAAAGAAGGAUUCCACUGAAGAAUCGGGACAGGAAGAGAAGGACGGAAGGAAACACCGCAGCCAGAAGGAAUCCAAGUCGUCUGACGAGAACGGCGACGGAAAGCGACGGCCCAAGGCCGCGCUGAAACUGAGGGGGAACCCGCCCGCUGCGGGCCACAUACAGGCGGAUAAGGGUCCGUGA